ACCUUCAACCUCAAGCCUCCGAUCCCAAACUUCCCAUCUCUAGCCAUCGGUACAGUAGGCUUUCCUCUACGAAUCAACCUCAUUCCCGAACCCCACCAGCCGACCAAACCAAUAACACUAUCAUCAUGAGCGGAUGGGAUGAUCAGGUUGUCAUCGGUCGUAAGACCACUGGCCCUCGAGUGGCCAGGGAUCAAGCAACCGUGAAUGCCGCAAGACGAGCUGGGGAAGCAAUCGAUGCCUCAAAGAAGAGUGUCAUCAACGCUUCCCACGUCGGGCCAGACCAUCAACGGAUCGCCAAACUCGACCGGGAAAACGAUGUAGCCCCGCCCGCAAAGAUCAAACCAUCAGUCGCACAGGCGAUGAAAGAUGCUCGGAUCGCUUUAUCGAUGACACAGAAAGAUUUGGCUGCCAAGACGAACGAAAAACCCACUGUGAUUGGAGACUACGAGGCCGCCCGAGCCGUCCCUAGUCCUCAGAUCUUGGCUAAAUUCGAAAGAAUCUUACAGGUCAAGCUACGUGGAAAAGAUAUCGGUGCUCCUCUAGCACCCAAACCAAAGAAAACUUGAGUGCAAGUCGUUCAAAAAAAUCCUCAAUCAGGCAAGAUGAUCUGCUUCACCUCUAGGGUUGAAAGUUUCAGAAAGUAAUCAGCUUGUGAAACCUAUAAACCCAAACAGAAAGUUUUUUCAUUUUUGUUUAAAUCUCAUUGUUACCACUGUACUUGUUUUGCAAAAAGAUCUAAAAAAGAACAAGAAAUGUCGUCUUCUUCUCUCAGCCAACCAAAUGAUUUUCCCUCACAUGAGAAGUGUCACAGGUUUUUUUCCUCCUGCAGGUAGUAACAGAAUGGGCAUCUUCCCUAUGUUCUCCAGA